AUGACGAAAGAAGACAUCUGCAUCACCGGCAUUUCGGGACGAUACCCGCAAGCGGACAGCUUCUCAGAGUUCAAGGAGAAGCUCAACGCGGGCGUCGACUUUAUCACAGACGAUGAAGCUCGUUGGCCCCGAGGUUUCCUCGGAGUCCCCAAUAGGAUGGGCACCAUUAAAGACUUGUCGCGGUUCGACGCGAGCUUCUUCAGAGUGCCGCCUAAGCAAGUGCAGCUCAUGGACCCCAUGCUGCGUCUUCUUUUAGAGAGCUCGUACGAAGCCAUCGUGGACGCCGGCUACGAUCCGGCGACGCUGCGAGGACGAAAGAUAGGCGUCUUCGUCGGCUGCGCGUUGUCCGAGACGAUGACGCUGUUCGGCAGUGACGCGGGCACGAUCGACGGCUACAUCUCGACCGGGGCGUCACUGCACAUGUUCUCGAAUCGAGUUUCCUACUGCUUCGACUUUGACGGACCAAGCUUUACAGUGGACUCGGCAUCCUCUUCGACUAUGACAGCAUUCAGCCUAGCCCUGCAGUCACUUCGCGCAGGUGACUGCGAGGCUGCCAUCGUGGGGGGCUGCAGUAUCAUACUAAACCCGCUCACCACGCUAACCUUGUACCGCUUUGGCCUGCUGUCACGAGACGGGAAGAGCAAGUCGUUCGACGAUAAAGCGGAUGGUUAUGUGCGAAGUGAAACCAUAGGAGCUGUGUUUCUUCAGCGGGCUUCUGAAGCACGCAGGAUCUACGCCAAGGUGGUUAACGUGAAAUCCAACGCAGACGGCUACAAGGUUCAAGAUCACUAUGCUGAAGACAAAUAUGAUGUUCAAAGCCUGGCAAGGGAACAAGCAUAA